AUCCAUCAGCUCAAAAUGGACUGUCCACGUUGGUUGCCCCUGGAGUCCAAUCCAGAAUUCAUCAGUUGUCUGGGCAUGAAACCCUCCUGGCAGUUUGGGGAUGUAUACGGGCUGGAUCCUGAGCUUCUCAGCAUGGUACCAAGGCCAGUGUGUGCUUUGCUUCUCCUCUUUCCCCUGACAGAAAAGUAUGAAGCAUUUAGGCAAGAAGAGGAGGUGAAACUUAAAGAACAGAAGCAGGAGAUCUCCCCUGAUGUUUAUUUCAUCAAGCAAACUAUUGGAAAUGCGUGCGGAACAAUAGGAUUGAUUCAUGCGGUGGCCAAUAACAUGAAACACCUGGAAUUUGACUCCGAUUCUUCCUUGAAAAAGUUCCUAGAACAAACUUCCAAAAUGACACCAGAGGAAAGGGCUACCUUCCUGGAGAAAGAUGAGAGUAUACGCGUGACACACGAGUCAAGUGCGCAGGAGGGCCAAACGGAGGCGCCCAGCGUAGAUGAGAAAGUGAAUCUUCAUUUUAUAGCUUUUGUGAACGUCGGUGGACAGUUAUACGAACUGGACGGCCGAAAGCCUUUCCCCGUUGUCCAUGGCAAAACUUCCGAGGACACUUUCCUGGAGGACGCCGUAGAGGUUUGUAAGGUCUUCAUGGCUCGUGACCCCGAGGAGGUCCGCUUCACCAUCAUCGCUCUGUCCAAAGAUUAAACCUGAGCACUCUGGUGAUGAACACAUUACUGCCAAACAUUCUCAAGUGCUGAUUUUGUUGGAUUAAUUUUUUUUUUAAUUUGAAAAAACAAAAUGGGCGACGUAAGCUACUGCUCCACUUGUGUCAUUGUUGAUUGAAUCAACGCAGAUUCUCAAGGAAACACUGCACUUAUGUAUAGUAUUAAAAUUGGCGCACUACCUUUUUAGCUCCUGGAACAGUAUUCGUGUCCAAAACUUGAUUGUGGGUUCACAUUCAACCUGUAGGGUGGGCCAGUAAGAAACCUGAAAUAUUCGUCCUUUUUACAACACAUCCUUUGUUCCCUUGAAAUCAUCCACAGUAAAGGGCAAAUCUGACUGUUGGUGUGCACGGUGCUCAUGUUUUGUAUUGGAGACCUUGACAAAUAAAAGCUGAUCUUCUGCUUCA